GGACCGGCAAUGCCGAUGAAUAUUGUUCAUGGAACGCACGCAGAGCUCAUAUUGUUUCUGGUGUUGAAUAUGUGGCCUUCCCACUUUGGUUUACCGAUUCUUCUAGCAAUCGUAUUGCUCUCAAAACGUGUACAACGUCAUCCGACUUUCGUCAAUCUCUUGAUAGUUUUCAUUGUAGUGGGAAUCUCUUCGAGCCUGCUCGUUUAUGCCGGGAAGGCGUCAGGCCCAGAACCUUCGCCAGCGUUAUGCUUAGCUCAGGCGGCGCUGCUAUACGGAAUGCCAGGAAUGCAAGUGAUAAUAAUACUUCUAACGCAGAAAUUCCAGAUGUUCAUAGUAAUCAGAGCGGCUUUCUACAAGCAGCCAAGCAGAGAUACACACUUCGUACGUAUCUGGGUGAUGAUCAUCGCUCCAUACGCUGUCUGGAUCGUAUUCAUCGUGGUGACAGUCUUUGUUGGUGUUGGUGAACCAGCGAAUGUGUCGCGGGAUCGCCGUUUUUUCUAUUGUUCAGUGAAAUCUGAUGCUCUCACUGGUACUCUGACGAUAUUCGCUGCUGUAGUUCUACUAGCUACCUUGAUUCUAGAAGGCAAUCUGCUUCCAUAUCUGCUCGGCAGCGGAAUGUUCACAGCUGCAGAGCUCAACCUGCCACUACGCAUUCUGGCUUUUGGGAUGUAUCUUCUGGUUGCUAUGAGUUUAAGCCUUCUAUCAAUGAAAUCACCUGAAAGUCCGAUACCGGAUUUAAUCAUUGCAUCUGCUGCGACAGUGGUCAUUUUGAUAUUCGGGACUCAGCUGGAUAUCUUGAGAGCGAUAUGUUUUUGGCGGAAAGAAGUCAGCAUUGGGGAUACAAGCAAUGAUUCCACCAACGAUUCCGAGGUCUACAAGAGGACCACGUAUUGA